CCAUGCAGCCCGCCAUGAUGAUGUUCUCCAGCAAAUACUGGGCGCGGAGGGGCUUCUCGCUGGACUCGGCCCUGCCGGAGGAGCGCCCCGGCGGCCUCACCAUAAACAGAUCAAGCUCUGGGAAAAAUGAGGAGAAAAAAGGCAGCAAGGGAAAUGGGAAAGGCGAGUCGGUUUCUGAAGGUGGAAAGACAGCUGUGGUGUUUUCCUUGAAGAAUGAAGUUGGCGGAUUGGUGAAAGCUCUCCGGCUCUUUCAGGAGAAACAUGUGAGCAUGGUUCAUAUUGAAUCACGAAAAUCAAAGAGAAGGAACUCAGAGGUAGAAAUUUUUGUGGAUUGUGACUGCAGUAAGAAGGAAUUUAAUGAGCUAAUCCAGUUGCUCAAGUUUCAAACUAAUAUUGUGUCUCUGAAUCCACCAGAAAACAUCUGGACUGACGAGGAAGAUCUUGAUUGUGUCCCUUGGUUUCCUCGGAAGAUAUCUGAAUUAGACAAAUGUUCACAAAGAGUAUUGAUGUAUGGAUCUGAGCUGGAUGCAGAUCACCCUGGAUUUAAAGACAAUGUCUAUCGACAGAGAAGAAAAUACUUUGUGGAUGUUGCCAUGAGCUAUAAAUAUGGUCAACCCAUUCCCAGAGUGGAGUACACAGCUGAAGAAAUUAAAACAUGGGGGGUGGUGUUCAGGGAACUCAGUAAACUCUAUCCCACCCAUGCUUGUCGUGAAUAUUUAAAGAACUUUCCUCUGCUGACUAAGUACUGUGGAUAUAGAGAGGAUAAUGUGCCUCAGCUGGAAGAUGUCUCUGUUUUUCUUAAAGAAAGGUCUGGCUUCACAGUGAGACCGGUUGCUGGAUAUCUCUCUCCUCGAGACUUUUUAGCUGGCUUAGCAUACAGAGUUUUUCACUGUACUCAGUAUGUACGACAUGGCUCGGAUCCUCUCUACACCCCAGAACCGGAUACAUGCCAUGAACUUCUGGGACAUGUGCCUCUACUUGCUGAUCCUAAGUUUGCCCAGUUUUCACAAGAGAUAGGACUCGCUUCUUUGGGAGCAUCUGAUGAAGAUGUUCAGAAAUUAGCCACCUGCUAUUUUUUUACGAUUGAAUUUGGUCUUUGCAAGCAAGAAGGACAGCUGCGUGCUUAUGGGGCAGGACUUCUGUCUUCUAUUGGAGAACUAAAGCACGCUCUUUCUGACAAGGCCAAGGUGAAAACAUUCGAUCCGAAGACAACCUGUUUGCAAGAAUGUCUGAUCACCACUUUUCAGGAAGCUUACUUUGUUUCAGAAAGUUUUGAAGAAGCCAAAGAAAAGAUGAGGGACUUUGCUAAAUCGAUCAAUCGUCCCUUCUCUGUGUAUUUCAAUCCAUAUACACAAAGCAUUGAGAUUCUGAAGGAUACCAGGAGUAUAGAAAAUGUCGUCCAGGACCUCCGCAGUGAUCUAAACACUGUAUGUGAUGCAUUAAGCAAAAUGAACAGAUAUUUAGGGAUUUGAUAUAUGUCCCACUGUGAUUUGUUGUCAGCUGCUUAUUCUGUAGCUGUUCUAGUGACAUCACAUGACAUGGCUAACUUUUAAAACUCAUGAGUUUGCUCUUCUGAGCUUGGCCUGUGGCUUGUGUCAUUGUGUAGCUUUGUCUAAUUGUUAAGUGCAGACAAAACAAGGCAAUGCUAAUUCGUAAAUUCUCUAUGGAGUGUGGCAGCAUAUAACCAGCAAUUCCUCAACACAAUGUUGUGUACAAGUAUACCAGUAAAAGCUUGCCUAGCAAUGAGUUUGUUUCUUUAAGAUUGGUGUUAAGAAUGGUGUUCCUGAUUUCUUUAAGUCUGACAUUAUUUCUGUGUAAUCCCUUUCCAACUGUCAGAAUCCAGAAAAAAAGUAUGUGCAACAUUUUCCAUUUUCCUUGUAAGAGAAUCUGUAUUUGGUGGUGAUGACAGUGUUUUGCCCAUAUAUUUGUAACAGAACUGAGUGUCUCUUGUGACUGAACAAUACAGUUUACAUGUAUACCAAUGCAGAGAUCAGGAAGACUACGUAUCGGUACUAAAAGGUCUGUGAGGAUUAUGAAGAAACACUACUGACAAAUGUUCAAUGUGGCUAAGUAAUUGCAAAACAACAGGAGUAAUA